AUGAGGUCUGUGGAUCGCAGGGCUCAGAGGAUUCUUGCCGCAGCGUCGUUCGGCCCGAAGGCGUUAUUGUGGACAAUGGAAGGGAAGAAAUUUGAGGACUCCGUGGGUUUUCUCGACAUCAGAAAGUUCCUCAGUACCUGGAAGGUAAAACGCAUUUCCUGCAAUCAGAUGCUUAGCAUAUUAAGCCUUGGAAUUCUCGCCGUCUGCUUUGCUUCCCGAGCGGUGGGGAGGGACUCAGGCUCAUCCAACCGCCAGACUGUAGAGCUGUAUAUUCCCAGGCUCCCUGCGAAUCCCACACCACCCAACCGGGGCGAGGAGGGCGGUCCUCCAGCUGCAUUGCGUCAUCACGUCGCGCGGCCGCGGGGUCCAGACCCGAAGGCUCCAGAGUCUCCGGAGCCUCCGGGUCGGGGCGGCGGCGGCGGCGGUGCUUCGGCUCCUCCUGAGCCGCCUGCUGGCCCCGCGCCCCACCCUAUCCCCACAGGCCGGGGACAGGCCCGGCGCGGCUGUGUGGGCACGGGAGCGGAGAAUCCAAGGACCCCUUUUGUUUCUCUGCACCACUUUCUGGGUGGCAUUAUGGCCCCCAAAGACAUAAUGACAAAUACUCAUGCUAAAUCCAUCCUCAAUUCAAUGAACUCCCUCAGGAAGAGCAAUACCCUCUGUGAUGUGACAUUGAGAGUAGAGCAGAAAGACUUCCCUGCCCAUCGGAUUGUGCUGGCUGCCUGCAGUGAUUACUUCUGUGCCAUGUUCACUAGUGAGCUUUCAGAGAAGGGCAAGCCUUAUGUUGACAUCCAAGGUUUGACUGCCUCUACUAUGGAAAUUUUAUUGGACUUUGUGUACACAGAAACAGUGCAUGUGACAGUGGAGAAUGUACAAGAACUACUCCCUGCAGCCUGUCUGCUUCAGUUGAAAGGUGUGAAACAAGCCUGCUGUGAGUUCUUAGAAAGUCAGUUGGACCCUUCUAAUUGCCUGGGUAUCAGGGAUUUUGCCGAAACCCACAAUUGUGUUGACCUGAUGCAAGCAGCUGAGGUUUUUAGCCAGAAGCAUUUUCCUGAAGUGGUACAGCAUGAAGAAUUCAUUCUUCUGAGUCAAGGAGAGGUGGAAAAGCUAAUCAAGUGCGAUGAAAUUCAGGUGGAUUCUGAAGAGCCUGUCUUUGAGGCUGUGAUCAACUGGGUGAAGCAUGCCAAGAAAGAGCGGGAAGAAUCCUUGCCUAACCUGCUGCAGUAUGUGCGGAUGCCCCUGCUAACCCCCAGGUAUAUCACAGAUGUAAUAGAUGCUGAGCCUUUCAUCCGAUGUAGUUUACAGUGCAGGGAUCUGGUUGAUGAAGCAAAGAAGUUUCAUCUGAGGCCUGAACUUCGGAGUCAAAUGCAGGGACCCAGGACAAGGGCCCGCCUAGGAGCCAAUGAAGUGCUUUUGGUGGUUGGGGGUUUCGGAAGCCAGCAGUCUCCUAUCGACGUGGUAGAGAAAUAUGACCCCAAGACUCAGGAGUGGAGCUUUUUGCCGAGCAUCACACGUAAGAGACGUUAUGUGGCCUCAGUGUCCCUACAUGACCGGAUCUACGUCAUUGGUGGCUAUGAUGGCCGUUCCCGCCUUAGUUCAGUGGAAUGUCUAGACUACACAGCAGAUGAGGAUGGGGUCUGGUAUUCUGUGGCCCCUAUGAAUGUCCGACGAGGUCUUGCUGGAGCCACCACCCUGGGAGAUAUGAUCUAUGUCUCUGGAGGCUUUGAUGGAAGCAGGCGUCACACCAGUAUGGAGCGCUAUGAUCCAAACAUUGACCAAUGGAGUAUGCUGGGGGAUAUGCAGACAGCCCGGGAAGGUGCCGGACUUGUAGUGGCCAGCGGAGUGAUCUACUGUUUAGGAGGAUAUGAUGGCUUGAAUAUCUUAAAUUCAGUUGAGAAAUACGACCCUCAUACAGGACACUGGACUACUGUUACACCAAUGGCCACCAAGCGUUCUGGUGCCGGAGUAGCCCUGCUGAAUGACCAUAUUUAUGUUGUGGGGGGAUUUGAUGGUACAGCCCACCUUUCUUCUGUUGAAGCGUACAACAUUCGCACUGAUUCCUGGACAACUGUCACCAGUAUGACCACUCCACGAUGCUAUGUAGGGGCCACAGUGCUUCGUGGGAGACUCUAUGCAAUUGCAGGAUAUGAUGGUAAUUCCCUGCUGAGUAGUAUUGAAUGUUAUGAUCCUAUCAUCGACAGCUGGGAAGUCGUGACAUCCAUGGGAACCCAGCGCUGUGAUGCUGGUGUGUGUGUUCUCCGUGAGAAGUGACCAUUGUUGGAGCACCAUUCAAAACUAGUGACCAGUCUGGUGGACAGUUAGUGGGAGAAUCAAGAAUCCUUUCCAGAAUGUCUGUUUCUCAGUAUGUGCACAGGGUGAUUACAGGCACCAGUGCAGUGAUGAAUGUACUUAUUUGACACAUAUUCCACCUUGUCCUGGUUAUUGUUCCUGAGAAGGGUGGCCAACAGAUACUCCAGGGAAAAGAAUUCAGAUUGAAUGGAUGUGAGAGACCAGAUUGCCUCUCCCACUGCCUUGGGGAGCUGUUUCCUGUCUUUUCUAACUUACCACAUGCUCAGUGUACUAUGUGUAUGUUGUGCCUCAGAUGUUGCAGAGAACGAAGGUGAGUAUAGCCUACUAGAUGUGGGCAAUAUCCAGCCUAGAUGAUUGGAAAGGUACCAGUUUAAGUAAACUUGGUAAAAUCCAAGUCUUUUUUUUUUUUCCCCCCUAAGAAAAGAUACGUUUUCUAAUCUACAGGUAGCUAGAGGCAACACAGUUCCAUUCUAGAGGGAAACAGAAGGGAGAGCCCCAUAAAACUUUGGGGGCAAGGGAGAGAGACUCAUCCGACACUUCUUGUCGGGGAUAGGGUUGGUAUAUCAGAAUUGAGGUUAGAAUAAGUGAAUCAACUGAAUUUGACGGAAUGUGAGUGAACCUACAACAGCACUGAAGUAUUACAUAACCUGGAAGACUGAGAAGGGUUUAUCAUUUGAAGGAUCUUUUUAUUUCCCCAAGUCUUCCUAAAGUAGAAUGUUACGCAUUGUAGCACUGGAGACAGCGUAACAGUGAACAAAUGCUGGGAUAAGAGAAGAUGGCAUCAGUGUGGGAGUUCAGUAUAACUGGGGUUAAACUAGAAGUACCUGUGAUUCUACAGUCUUAUUCCCUGCCAGGGCUCAUCUAGCCAUGGCAAUGUAUGCCUUGAAUGGGGGUGAAAGCCUUUCUUUGUUGAAUCAGAUACUACUACACUGUUACACUUCCACACUAUUUAUUUGGGGAUGGGCUGGGAGUGACAGUAGCCCAGUAGUUCAGCUACCUGAUUACUGCCCAUUCUUUUAGGAGUACACUUCUGCCAAGGAGUGGUUUGUACUGCUGUGUUUGGUACAUUUAGUCUUUUUUCUGCUAUAAGUUUCCCUGAUCUGUCCUUUAGUGUAGAUGUUAUUCGUCACAGGACAGAAUAAUCAAGGACAACCAAAAUCCUUUUGUCAGUUUCAGUACCUCAGCUAUCAACAUUUCUGAGCUAUUAUUCAAUGUUCUCUAUGUCAUGGAGUGAAAUUCUUGUUUUAUGGGUAUUGGGAGUGUGGGAAUGUGAUAAAUAACCUUUGCUCUGAAAUUCCAUUUUUCCCUUUUUCCCUGAAUCAUAUUGACCUACAGAGUUAAUUUCCUUUGUAUUUUUUUAAGAAAAUAUUAAAAAUCAACGGUCUCAAAUGC